AUGGACGACUUAUGGAACGACGCUCCACGAAGAGCCUGGCGAAGCGCACGAAAGAAGCUCGGUCUGGCCGCCUCUGCCGACGUAGCAGUACUAGCCAAGAUGCUAAAAGCAACGGCGAGGAUGGCGGAAAGUGAACUUGGAUCUCCUGUAUCCACGAUACAGAGCUUCCCUGCGUUACUUGCUUUAUACCAGGAAGACAUCAAGGAUGCCGCGGAGCACGCAGAUUUGCGUAUGCUGACGACCGAUUCCGGGCUACAAUUACACGAGCUCAUCGCUGCGUAUGCCGGCCAUGGGAUGGGUCUCUCUGAGAGCGGUUCCGAAUGUCAAACACCAGCCGGAUUUCCUGGGUGCCACACAGUCAUCGUGGAAUAUACUGAGGAUGCUAUCUUACUCGAUGGUCGACCGCUGGAUCGCGCUCGCGAUAUCGCGAACUACGAUGAUGAUGAUAUUCGAACAAGUUUCGAUCUUGGCAGCAGAAGCUCGGCAACGGAGGAGCAAGUACGCGACUUCGUUCUAGAGUAUCUGCGUAAAGUGUACAUUGGUUACACGAAGAGGCCCUGGGUCUUUCCCGAAGAAAUCACUGUCAUAAUGACGGGAAGCCGAGAUAGCGUCGGUCGUGAAGAGAUUCGGAUGGCAAUCGCAGAUGCAUUCAGCUUGUUCGGAACGCGGGCCAAGAUGCUGUAUUCUGACCCUGAGUACGUAGCAGCGAGGGGCGCGGCUGAGAUAGCAUGGCGAGCUUUGCCACGUGACGAAAUCAUGGAGUUGUGA